GCUCAACACACAAAUAUGUGGAUGUUUCUCAGACUCCAGAGCGACACGGUUGAAGCGGUUUAUUUCUCACAGCAGCCCAGCGCACAGAGGAUGCGCCUCGCGCCUUUUCAGAGAGCCGAGGUUCAGCUUUACUCAUAACUCACCUUUAUCACAACCCGAAGACACUGAGGACAACUUAAAGCACUUUGAACAGAGUACUGGAAUAUUUCUCUCAUGUAACAUGGACAGACUGCAGACUCGAGGUCAACCGGCGGAUGUUCAGCGACAGUGAAUGGAGAUGAGGUUCAGUUAGUCCAUGAUGGAUCACCAUCACGAUUUGAAAUGUAAAAUAGUUGUGGUCGGGGACACUCAGUGUGGGAAGACGUCUUUGUUAAAUGUUUUUGCCAAAGACUCCUUUCCAGAGAACUAUGUUCCUACAGUGUUUGAGAACUACACAGCCAGUUUUGAGGUGGACACAUUGAGAGUUGAGCUCAGUCUUUGGGAUACUUCAGGGUCUCCAUACUAUGACAACGUGCGCCCCCUCUCUUACCCAGACACUGAUGCAGUUCUCAUCUGUUUUGAUAUCGGUCGACCAGAGACUCUGGAGAAUGUGCUAAGGAAGUGGAAGGGAGAAAUUGAAGAAUUCUGUCCCAAUACUAAAGUAAUUUUGGUUGGAUGCAAGUCAGACCUGCGUGCAGACCUGGCCACAUUUGUGCAGCUGUCCAAUGACAUUCCUUCAUCGUAUGACCAGGGUUCAAACAUGGCUAAGCUGAUCUCAGCUCCUUACAUCGAGUGCUCAGCGCAGCAGUCCGAGAACAGCGUGAGGGACAUUUUUCACAUAGCUACACUGGCCUGCAUCAGUAAAAGCAACAAGAAUGUGAAGCGCAUCAAGUCCAGCAGAGCCACCAAGAGGACUUCACAUGUAUCUAACAGGCCUGAGCUGGACUCAAUGUCACAUCUACACAAGACAAAGGCAAAAACCUGCACAGUCAUGUGAUUUCAGAAGCCAUUUCAUCUGCAUGCAUUCCUUCUCCUAUCAGGAUUCUUUCAGGGCAUUGAUGGGACAUGAACUGAAGGGAGAUUUUUUGCACUUCACUAUAUUCACAAUAUGUACGACUGAGUCAGUGACAUGUAUUAAUGAUGAUGCAGUCUAUUCUCCCCAUUUUAAAGCACCUCGAAACAUUUUUAGCCAUCAUAAAACACCUAAAGCAGGGAAAAUGUUCCUAUGUACUGCCAAAUGAGCACUUAUAACUUUGUAGAAGCUGUCCAAAGAAGAAUUUCCUUUGCAUUUUGUUGUGUUAUAUUUCAUUGCCGCGCAUUCCCAGUUUAUGGAUGAAACUAACUUGGAUUAACGGAUGGUCAGUGUUGCUAACGUUAGUCAUGUACUAUUAGACCUGACUGCACCAAAAAGUGUCAAAUAAUGUCACAGAUAUACAUUGUAGGUAUUUUUUUCUGUAUGAGAUAUUAAUAUGAGGCAAUAAAUGAAGCAUACCUGUCGAAAAA